AUAUAUACAUCAAAAACCAGAUCUUUUGUCUAUGUAUAACUUUGAUUACAAUCAACAAGCAUUAAUAGGUUGAAAAAAUCUUGAAAAUGUCUAGAGGAUGUUUAAGUUGUCUCAACAUCAUAUGUUUGACGAGGAAGAAGCAAAAGAAGAAGGAGCAGAGUAAGAAGCAACAACACAAUUCUGUGAAAACAGAGGAUGUGGUUAAGCCAGUAGGAGUCAAAGAUGGUGAAGAAGAAACCCUGGACAAGAAGACAAACGUCAUGGGAUCACGCGGAUACAGAAAAUCUGAAUAUAUGUAUAGUAGCUAUAUUACUUAUGGAAAACUUGGGGAAGGUGAUUCUUCUUCAUCCUUGAAAAAUGAUUUCAACAAAGUGAAGAGCUUUGAUUUACGAGGAGUGACAAAAACAAAGGAGAACUAAGGAACAGGAUGGGACUUGAGUAUUGAGAUGUAAUGGUCAUCAUGGUUAAAUUCACAAGCUCUAGAUUGCUUUCUUUCUCAGGUUAUAAAUUUAUAAUCUUGUAUCGAGCCACUGGCCUCUACUUUUACCUAUGCGAGAUGUAAGCUAUGUCAGACUUUGUUAAAGAUGUUUUAAGAUUUAGAACAAAAUUAAAGUGUUUCGAACGCAUCAACGGCAAGCACCUUCUCUAUAUUUUGAUUUUGCUAUCUUGUGCUCUGCCUUGUUGCAACAGGAACACACUUUUUUUUUACUAGAAAAAAAAUGUAUUAAAUAAUAAUUUGAAAUUUGAUAUUACUUU